AUGUGGGACGUCAUGGUCAAUAGAGAGCUCAAGACAGCCCUUCGCGUGCCAGACAGUCGCUUCAACAUCGAUGCCUAUCUCCACCCUGGAGCCUUCACGCGUCCGUCAAGCAUUACGUCCCCCGGUGGCGGAUUCAUAGACACGCCACCUGAGCAUUUCGACCCUGAGUUCUUUGGCAUGGAGGAAGAUGAAGCGUUGCAGACCGACCCUCAACACCGCAGAAUGCUCGAGCUGGUAUACGAGUGUCUCGAGUCUGCUGGAAUUACCAAGGACGCAAUUGCCGGUAGCAGGACUGGCGUCUACGUUGGGAAUUUCAACCUGGAUGCAGUGGUCAAGUCUUGCCGACACGAAUACGACCGCCAUGCCCAUGCCACUAUGAGCAUUGAUCCAGGCUUGGUUAGCUCGAGGAUAUCCUACUGGUACGAUCUCAAGGGCCCAGUCUUUACAAUCAACACCGGCUGCACGAGUGUCUUUUUCGCCACAGAUACGGCCUGCCUUGCCCUUCGCGCUGGCGACUGUGAUGCGGCCAUAAUCGGCGGUGUCAAUCUGCUCCAGAGCCCCGAGCAGUCAAUCAGCAUUUCGAAGUACGGCGUACUCUCACCAGACUCCACCCCCCUUCCUUUUGAUUCCAACGCCAGAGGCUAUCUCCGAUCUGAAGGUGUUGGGGCCUUGUACGUCAAGAGACUGUCUGACGCCAUCCGGGACCGAGACGCCAUUCGUGGGGUUAUCAGGUGCGCGCAUAUGAACUCAAACGGCUCGCAGCCGGGUCUGCCCAUGUUCACUCCCAACAGGGUGAGCAUAGAAAGAAUGGUGAGCGAGAUAUACAAAAAGGCAGGCCUGGAUCCCGACCAGACAGCCUAUGUUGAGCCCCAGGGGAUCGGGUUAGCAUUCGCCGACGUCUCAGAACAAGUUGGUAUCGGUUCGGCAAUGAGGGGAACCAGAAGCAAAGAAAACCCUGUCUUGAUCGGGUCGCUGAAGGGGAACUUCGGUCAUCAAGAAGCAGGAAGCGGCGUGUUCUCAUUGAUCAAGGCUGCUAUGAUGACCGAAGCGGGAGUAAUUCCCGGCCUGCCCAAUUUCAAACACUACCAUUCCAAAGUCGACGCAGAUGGACUCAACAUCAAGGUGCAAACCGAGACAAUACCAUGGCCGGAGAGUUAUGCGACUCGGCGCGUGGCAAUAUCGUCAUGGGGCUGGUCUGGCACAAAUGGUCAUAUUCUCGUCGAGGCGCUGGAUUCCCUGUAUCCCGGCUACCAGCAAGGCAAGACUCGAGGCCAUGCUGACUAUGACCACUCGGUCGGAAGGCCUCUUCUCAUGACCCAUUCGGCCCAUGCUAGGAAUGCAUUGCGCAAGAACAUCGUGAAACACCAGGACCUCGUCGACAAGUAUUACCUGGCCGACUUGGCGUACACACUCAAUAUGCGACGAACCAAAUUCAGAGAACGGGCUUUUGCGGUUCUGUCCGAAGACUCAAACCCCAGAGAAUGGGCCCCAUCCGCAAUGACAUUCGGCACGGCUCUUGAGGGCAGGCAACCGGCCGUGGCCUUCAUGUUUGCUGAGCCAAGGACAAUGCUGAAGUCUGAUGUUUCUGAGUGGCUGAAGUAUUCCCCGACAUUCCUGCGGACAAUCAGGAAGCUUGAUCAAACGUUCGCGCGUUUGGGCAGCAAACUGGGCUUGGAGGAGGCCAUUUCCGCGUCUGACAUGACCGCCACUAGCGUUGGUGAGGACUUGAUGCCUUAUCUGACCGGCGCUGCCAUGCAGAUAGCGCUCGUUGAUAUCCUUGCAGAGUGGAAUGUCUACCCAUCAGCUUCCCUCGCUCAUUCCGGAGGCGAGCUCCUCGCGGCAUAUUCCUCUGGACACUUGUCGGCCCCGGAAGUACUUCUAUCAUUCUCAUGUGCAGGAAGGGGCCAGGACCUGCACGACAAGAUCAAGGAGUUGUCCAAGGAGGAUCUCGCAUGGCGCCGGCCCUGCACCGCUUUGGCCUCAUUGGUUUCUGACGAGGCCCUACGUACUGUUCUGUCCCAUAACGCCACCGGAAGGUCAAUCAAUGGACACCAAGACUUUGGCCCGAAGAUUUUGGAAAAUAUCAAACUCGACACCGUUGCCGAAAUUGGCCGAUCAGAGUGUUUACCUGAGCAAGUGAACACGCUGCCUAAGACGAUCGGUAUUCUCUUGGGACGUCGAAGCAAGGCAGUCAGUUUCUCAGAGACUCUUGCAACCGCUGGUGCAUUGUACAUCCUCGGUUAUCCUGUGGAUCUUGAAGAGGCCAACACUGUCCACGACGUUGGUUGGAAGCCCAUGCUCCUCGUUGACCUACCACCGUACCAAUGGGACCACAGCAGGUCUUUGAUGCUCGAGUCACAUGCCAUGCGCGAAGAGCGACUGUGUGGAGUUCCGUACCACGAGUUGCUGGGUAGACGAGUCCACGGUCUUUCUCCCCGUUCUAUGAUCUGGAAGAACCCGUUUGUGCAAGAUAACCCCACAGCAACUCUAUCAGCAGCAUUGUGCUUGUCUCUUGCGAUUGAGGCACUCACACAGGCAUUCGAACCCCGACGUCCGCACGAUUUCUCUCUGCGUGGAUUUGUCUUCCAAAACAAGCUUCCGUCCAUCAAGACGGACGAGAUCCUCGAGCUUCAGACUUGCAUCCAGCCACUACCCAGCCGGGGUGCCCAGGAGCAGACAUAUCUGGUAGGAAUUGAGUCUCAUGCGCUAGCGUCUGCUGCAGCGGACAAGCACUGCAACGGCGGCGGCGAGCCCAAGCCAUGCAGCACGGCUGGACUCAAGGUGGUCGAGAUCGAAGAGUUCAUGGUGUUCAGCGGCGGGGAGGAGCCGCGAGGAGGCUGGACAGUACAGUCGAGCAAUCGCAGCGAGGCACUCGGAGGUCAGGUAGCCUGCGUUGACGUUAACCUGAAGGACGAGACCGGAGCUGUGGCUUCUACCCUUCGGGGCCUGCAGGUGACGGUGUGCGGAGAAGAAACGCACGAGGCCUUUGACACCGAUAUGCCACCACCAGACCCGAAGGCGAGGAUCCCUGCUUUUCUGCGCCCGCUUCUUGGGUAG